AUGGGUGAUAUCUCAAAUCCGCCUGGCGACGGAGACUUCACAUUUGAAGAAACCCAAGCCCUAGAAUACGAUGAUGUCUUCAGAGCCAGAACCGGCUCUGCCGUUGGAGGAGUUACUGUACGCUUCUCCGGCUACGACAGGCAUCAGCAGCGGCAAGGCAGCUUUGAGAUGCCGACGGCAGCCAUUAGUGCUAGUGCACUUGAAUUGAUAGGCUUCAAUCAAUCUACAGCAGAGUCCAUUUAUGAGCGGUUCAUAAACCGACCUGACCCUAGCAUCAACAUCGACAGCUUCUUAGACUAUGCAACCAGUCAAGCCCAACGGAUAUGGGUCCUUAAGUCUCGCGAUUAUACAGACUGCGAGGCUAUGACCCGUGUUGGAUUAACUAUAGACUUUCAAGAUCGGAUGCUAGACCCGCGGUUUAAGGCUGUUUAUGAAACUGAAACCCUCCUAUUCUGGGUGCUUGAUACACUCAAGGUUGGCUACACAGCUUUAGAACAGCUCCAUGAGCGUUUAAAGCACCGUGUUAAGGUUAUAAAGGCUACUAUAGCAAUCUCUCAGACCCCCGAGGGUCACUCCCUGCCCGCUAACUUCAUCCCUGCCGAGACUGAGCCAGCGCUGCCCUCGCCGCUUAAGUACGUGGCUCUAUACAAGGCAACAUCAGCCUUAGAGAUGGGAGGAACACCGUGGAUCGACGACGAUGGUGGCGUAGACAUGAACGUCAUAUCGUCUUUUCCAGGGGGUGAUUCCAAUUACUGCAGUAUGGUUCACUACUGGACACCUGAACGCGAGGUUGCCGAGUUAUACCGCAAAUGGGCACAGCGGCGAUGCCCCUAUUCUGAGACCUGGAUAGUGCGAAUCUGUGUUCCUAUUGCCCUCAUCAAUUCAAUCCCCACCGCGGAGUUGUGGUACUCGCCAGAUUGGAAGGAGUUCGUCUGGUAUUGUAGGAGGGAAAAAACGCCACCUGAGAAAUUCAGUCGCCUUGAUCCGGAGAAUAGAGCUAUUGGUCUCAUUGAGGGCCAUAUUUCUACUAAUAUAGCACAGCAGGUUGCACACAUCAAGAAGGAGGAUGUCCAGUCGAUGAUAAACGAUGAUUCUGCACUGCGUAAUCCCAUUACUGGAUCUAUGGCGACACAGUGGGUGUUCACGAUUCCAAGUACCAUUGAUCGACUAGGGAUUGAAAUUCGCGGCCGCAUCCACAUCGAUGUUACAGCUGUUCCCAAGAGUGGUGGCAAGGAGUAG